AUGGCGAAGUCCAACCAUGCCCGUUCCGGAGACCAAGUGGAAAAGGCAGUAAAUACCCAGAAGCAUGAAGCUGCAAAUAAUCAGGAUUGGACAAAGCCGUCGUCCAUUACGAGCUGCAGUUUGAACCCCAUGGACUUAUUUAUCUGGACAAGCAUGACCUCUUCUUCGGAGCCGCCCGAUAUUUCUUUUAUGGACUUGCGACUGUAUAAUCUAUCGGUACAUCACGUUUGCUACGUGGACGAGGAAGAUCCUGGAAAGGAACAGGAUCAGAUUCGAGCUGUAAACCCUUUUGCUGGUGUUCUCAAGACACUAACGGAGUUUGUAGCAACUGUGAUGACUAGACAACAGUCGGGAGAAUGCUCAAGUGUUGUGGUGACAUGGGAAGAUCAUCCACUAGCUACUCAUGCUCGUGCAAAGGAUGCACGGCUAGAGGUGGAAGAAAUCAACGAGGACAGAGAUUUAAAUGAUGGAGCGGUUGAAGUCGUGUCCGAGUCGUAUUCGUACGAAGUGCAAGUUUGGGUUACAGACUGGGGACUUGAUGGUCUUUGGAAUGCUGCUAAUCGAAAAGUAACGUCUUUGGAUCCAUUUCUCGUGCUUGUAGACUUGCCAUUGGAGCAGGAAAUAGGUUUUCGAGUGAGAAUGAAGGCCAAACAGACGAAGAAAUCAGUGUUGGGAUUUUUAUUGCCCAUUGAGUUUUUCACUACACAGACAGAUGGAGAAUGGAGUGACGUUGUGACUUUGUCCCCGACAAAAGACGAGGAGUUGAAAGCUAUCGUCACGUCUUUGGCAGGAAAUAAACUGUUGAUGUUGCUGCUGACAGUAUGUAUCGGGUUUAGCUGCCUUGUAGUGGUACAGCUGUACGCCCGACCCGGACUGGCAAUGACUCGACAACGAGAAUUGCUCAGCGCACAGCUGAGUCGUCGAUCACUCUCAGCGAGGAGCGAUAUCUCGAACGAGGCGGAUUGCACAGCUGCAACUGAUUACAACGUUAUUGACAGUGACAAGACGACGCAAGAGCUCGAGCAUGAGAUCCACGAUCUUCGUCAAGAGCUAUCGGAUCUUGAGGACGAGGUACGGCAGCUUAUGCUGUUCAGUGGCUGCGGCAUUGAGACGCUGACGCCACACGAACUCGAGCAUCUUGAGUGCGAGCUCACGCAUACGCUCAAGCGCAUUCGGUAUCUAAAGAAGCAUGGCUCGAUACCAGAGAUAAAUAAUUGUACAAAGGGAUAG